AUGAGCGAGACAACCAUCGUGUCCGAGCCGGAGACAACACUUCUUCGUUUCGCUUCCGGGAAUGGCCCGGUCACGCGACGGAUUCUCCGCACACCACUUCGUGAUGCUCUUUCUACAGAGAUUCCACUCGUUGACAUAUCGCCGUCUUUCAGCAGGGAUAUUGCAAGCCGAAAACUAGUAGCUCAACAGAUCCGCCAAGCUGCAACUUCUUCAGGCUUCUUUUACAUUACCAACCAUGGCAUCGACUCGUCCGUCACUGACGCCGCCCACGAAGCCUGUCUCGAGUACUUUCGCCAGGAAGAAGAGGCGAAGAUGCGUUCAUGGGUUGGCAAGAGUCGCUAUUUCAACGGCUACAAACCUCCUGGAUCCCAGCGUAUCAACAAGUCAGAGAGUGUUGAUGUUCGCGAGACGUUUAGCUGGACCUACGAUCCUCGUCAUGAUCCUGAUAUCAACGACGUUGAGUCCAUCCCAGACGAUGCGAAGCGUUUCCUCCGGGUAGAAGAUUUCCAUUGGGAAGGUACUUCAAAUAAGCCGCAGUUCAAAAGCUCCAUCAUCCGUUACUGGCAGUCAUGCCUGAAACUUGCUCGUGUGCUAGUGCGAGCUUUUGCAUUGUCUCUGGACCUGCCGGAAGAUCACUUCGACGCCAAGUUUGCGUAUCCGGAUGCUGCGCUGGCUCUCAAUUACUACCCGCCGCUAACGAAGGCUUUGCACGGUGCUCAAGCCGACGCUGAUGCACAAGUAUCGAUCGGAUCGCACACGGACUUCCAGCUUUUCACCAUUCUUUGGCAAGAUGCCGUUGGGGGAUUGCAAGUUCUGAAUCGCCAGGGACAAUGGAUCAGAGCAGCGCCGAUUCCGGGAACUUUUGUUGUCAAUAUCGCUGACUAUCUACAACGCAUUACCAACGAUCUUUACAUCAGCACUGUUCAUCGUGCUCAGAAUCUGAGCGGAGAUGAAAGGAUUAGCAUGCCUUUCUUCUUCGGUUUUGGUCUGCAUGAGAGUUGCGGUGUUUUGGAUACUUGUAUUAAAGACGGGGAGAAGCCGAAGUACGACGAAAUAGGUUGCGAGGCAUGGGUGCAGCGAAGAGCUAGGGCAAUGCAUCAAGUAGAUAUCAUAACCAUGUCGGGCGCUGAUGCGGGUUCUGAGACCCCUGAGGCGGGGAACAAGAGGCGCCGUACAUCCGGCAUGUACCAAAGAAGGCGUGCCGUGGCCGCCUGUGGGCCAUGCCGAGUCCGCAAGACGAAGUGCGACAACGUGCGGCCCGCCUGUGGUUUUUGCCAACGGAACGGCGGCCUGUGUACCUAUCCAGACACAACGAACGAUUUCUCAACAUUUGAUCCAGCUAGCUUGGCAAUCCUGGAUAGGAUUAAUCAUGUAGUUAAUCUUUUGGAGAGCCGCCCACCGGCACCGCUCCCGGCGGCUGAGCCCACAUGCAUCCCAACUAUCCCACACGGCAACCAGAUCUUGUCGCCGACUUCGAUCAAUGGACCCCAGGGGGGUUCCUGCGCUGUUGUAGAUGAGACGCAGUGCCAGACAGACGAUGGCCUGCCAGAAGACGAUGUUAUGACCCGGUUUGAUAUUCCGGAUCUUGCGGCGGCAAGUUGGAACUGUGAGACGAUAUUAAGAUGGCCAAUAUUCAGGGACACUGUUCCUGAGAUCAACUCCUUCAUCCUCGAACUUGAAGAUGACGAUCCUGAUUGUAUGGACGUAAGGAAAUCGAAUAACGCAGCCAGUCUUGGGCGAGGAGUACAAGAAGAUGACUUCACUGUGCUCUCGAAAAAGUUCUUGGCAUAUGUGCAUGUCAAGAAUCCAGUUCUCGAUGUACCCGACUUCAGAGCGCAUGUCAAGGCCGCGAUUGAGAAUGGUCCACGUUGGGACGGCCCAUCGUGUCUUGUACUCAUAGCCUGCGCUCUGGCCUGCCUGGCCACCCAUUUCGAACAGGACAGUUUUCUGAAUAGCACACCUGAAUCUAUCCGUUCGACAGCGUCAAAUUCCACCGAUCCAGAUACUGCCCAGGCCUACUUCUUUGCGGCGAAGAAACGACUCGGUCUUCUGGAACCCUCCCUACUUCAAGUGCAGUGCCUGUUCUUCUGUGGAGUAUUUGAGAUGUAUUCUUUACGACCUCUCCCUGCCUGGUCGUACUUCAACCAGGCUUGCGUGCAGUUCAAGAAUCUCCUGUGGAGGCGGACUCAACGACGAGCACCCGAAAAUAUGUCCCAGAAAGCACGACGCCUUGAGCAGCGGCUUUACUGGUCGUGCAUGAAAUCUGAGUGCGAGCUGAGAUGCGAGAUACCCCUGCCUUCGAGCGGCAUUACUCGAUUGAGCUACCCUGACUUGUUUCCUUCGCCUCCUUCAGAGGUUGCUACGCCAGCGCCACAGCCAAGUUCGCUGGACAUUCUUGAAGACGAUAUCCAGCCAGAAGAGGAGAAAAGCUGGUUUUACUACCUCGCUGAAAUCUCGUCUCGAAGGAUGAUCAACCGGGCGAUAUCGAUCAUGGGUUACCAUGGUGAAGAAGCUUGGAUUCGAAAUAUUGCGAAAGUCAUUGAGAAAUAUGAAGACUUUGAUCAACAGAUCAAUGUUUGGUGCUGUCAUAUUCCGUCACAGAUCAAUUGGCAAAAUCGCGAACACUCUAGUAAUGAGCUAGUCCAUUACAUCCAAAACCGAGCGGAGAGUUGUCGCGAAUGGAUCCAUCGCCCGUUCGUGUACUACGUAAUCCACCAGCCCCCCGACGACGCAUGGAUUCCCCGCGUCUUGCCGUUAGCGGAGAAGGGUCUUGAGAUCGCAGUCGAGCUGCUACUCGACGCUAAUCCGCACCAUCGCCAUCACGGAACCUGGUUCAUGGCCAGAGCGGCGAUGACCCGUGCUCUUCUGGUCCUGGCGGCGGUCAAGAGCGGUAGGUUCCGACUGCCGGACCGAUGGAAACAUGCGGUGGACUCGGCCACAUGGGCUUUGCAGCGCUGGUAUGGCGAAGCUCCGGAUUUGCGUAAGGCGGCGUCUGUGCUGGAGGAACUCAUGGGUCAGAUCGUCAGGUCCGAGGUGUAG